AUGGCAGAAACAAUUCCACCAGAAGAAUACCUUAAACAAAUCAGCCAUGCUGCUGAUGUGAUUAAACAAAAAAUUGGUCAAUUUCCAGAGUUAUCCGAACCUAGAGUCAUGAUUAUAUGUGGAUCUGGUUUAGGAGGAAUAGCCAAUAUUCUUGAAUCAAGUACUAAACUUGAAAUUUCAUAUUCAGAUAUUCCAGGUUUCAAAACAUCUACUGUUCCAGGACAUGCUGGGAAAUUAGUUUUUGGAUUAAUUGGAACCAAUAAAGUUCCAGUUAUGUGUAUGGUUGGAAGAUUACAUUUUUAUGAAGGUUAUACAUUCCAAGAAACCACAUUCCCUGUUAGAAUUGCUAAACUUUUGGGUAUUACUAGUGUUAUUGUUACUAAUGCUGCUGGUGGAGUUAAUCCAGAAUAUAAACCAGGUGAUUUAAUGGUUAUUGAAGAUCAUAUUAAUUUCCCAGGUUUAGCUGGUUAUCAUCCAUUAAGAGGACCAAAUUUAGCUGAGUUUGGUCCAAGAUUUCAACCACUUUCAGACGCUUAUGAUUAUGAAUUACGAAAAUUGUUUAUUAAAACUGCUAGAGAUAAGUUAGGAAUUACUAGAAAUAUUUUUGAAGGAACAUAUUUUUUUGCUGCUGGUCCAACUUUUGAAAGUAGAGCUGAAGUUAGAAUGAUUAGAUUAUUAGGUGGUGAUGCUGUUGGUAUGUCAACUGUCCCUGAAGUCAUUGUUGCUCGUCAUUCUGGUUUGAGAGUUCUUGCAUUGUCAUUGAUUACAAAUGCAGGUGUUGGUGAUAAACCACCAAGUGCUUUUGAUGAAAAUCCUAAAGCAUUAGAUGAAGGUAUGGCCAGUCAUGACGAAGUGUUAGAAGCUGCUAACGAAGCAUCUAAAGACGUUGAAAAAAUUGUAGAAUCUGUUGUUAAUGAAUUAUAA